AUGUUCGUUAGAGGAGUAAGCCAACUCUUCAUCGGCACCAACUUCCUUCGAGUGAGCCUCGUUUGUAUUGUGACCCUUGUGCUGACGACCUUGAUCGGUGAGAUCUUGAUUCUGUCAGCGGACCUGUUCAUGGCCGGUAUCGGAGACAAACCGGAUGAUGACGGUGAUGUUGCCAUCAACGUCGUGCCGUCGCAUUCUGAGCCGCUGCAGCCUGUGCAAUCAACGGUGCAGUCGGAUUUGGAGAUGUUACGGAAAGGCUCCACUUUGAGUCGAGUCAGUGUGCGUCGUUCCAGCUUCGGCUAUGCCUACUCCGAGGAGUGUUCCUUGGAGCGCGAGAAGGAUCGUUGGAGUCACAUGUCUGCGCCCCCGCAGGCAGGAACAAUUCCAGAUUAG